AAAUUAAACUGUCACUGAAUCGAUUACUUUUGUCGUAUUCAUCGAUUCACGCGUAUCUUCGAUGAGCGAUUGAAGCGCGACUGCGGAAAACCCGAAAAGGUAAAUUUAAUGUUGCAAUUUGAGUCGGAAGCGUAGUUGAAAUUCCCUGAAACAGCAAUUUGAGACAAAAAAAAUAGUACAUAAGGUUGCUGUGAAAAGUGACGACGUAGAAAAAUUAUUGGGAAUACUCGUUUUGUGCAUUUGAGGCAGCAAUGGCGGCUAAUUAUAACGGAAGCCUUAUGGCAGGAACUAGGAAUUUCCCUCCGAGAACUUUCACAGCUAGGAAGUCGUCUCACGGUCCAGAAGAAUGUUUCAGGUAUGAAAUAAACAGUAGUUGCACAGGGAAGGUGAUUGGACGUGGUGGUUCCAAAAUCAAGGAGAUUCAGGAGCAAUGUCAGGUGUUUGUAAGAGUGGACAAAAGCACAUCCGAUCAGGGUGUCGCAGUAGUAGAGAUUAAAGGAGAUGCCAAAGGAAUUGAAUUGGCAAAGAGGAUGAUUGAUGAUACAGUUACCAAUAGGGAUGAGGGACAGAGGGAACAGCGCAGGAUGCCUGAAGGGGGACACAGGAAUUUUCAGAAGUCGGAUCGUCGUGACAGAGGCUUCCAAUCCCACCAAUUUAGCGGCAAUUCACCUUCAAUGCAAUUCCGCAAUACAGAGACUAAGCAAUUUCCAGAAGAUGACUUCACGCCGAUUGAUUGGAAGAGUAUCAAUCAGGCGCAAGAGGAAAAGAGGAAUGAAAUGCUAAAGGCACUUCCACCACUCAUAAAGAAAUUCUAUGAAGUGCAUCCGGAAGUGGCUAGCAUGACUACCGAGCAGAUUGAUGCCUUUAGAAAGGAGAAUAACAAUAUCAUGGUGCAACGUACUUUUGCCAAAGAAAAUGCCCAAAAGGAUGAUAUUCCGAAUCCAGUGAUAAAGUUUGAGCACUGCUUUUCCAAGUAUCCAGACAUUAUGGAAGAAAUCCGGAAGCAGGGCUUUCAGAAUCCAUCUCCUAUUCAGUGCCAAGGAUGGCCAGUUUUGAUGAGUGGAGAGGAUCUUAUUGGAAUAGCACAGACAGGAAGCGGGAAGACUUUGGCCUUUCUGCUUCCAGCUAUGAUUCACACUGAAUUCCAGCCGAUUCCCAGAGGUCAACGAGGUGGUCCUAAUGUCUUGAUCCUAGCUCCAACUCGAGAACUUGCUCUGCAGAUCAGGGAUGAAGUGGCUAAAUAUCACUUCCGUGGAAUGAAAUCUGUCUGUAUUUAUGGCGGUGGGAGUGUGAAGGAGCAAAUUGAGACAGUGGACAAGGGCGUGGAGAUUGUCAUCGCUACUCCUGGACGGCUGAAUGAUCUUGUUGCCAGAGGAACAAUAGAUGUCAGCUCAAUAACUUAUCUCGUACUCGAUGAAGCUGAUCGGAUGCUGGACAUGGGAUUUGAGCCACAAAUUCGGAAGGUGCUGCUGGACAUUCGUCCGGAUCGUCAAACUGUAAUGACUUCAGCCACUUGGCCUCCAGGAGUACGACGUUUGGCCCAGAGCUACAUGAAUAAUCCGAUUCAGGUGUACGUGGGAACGCUGGAUCUGGCAGCUGUUCACACUGUCACCCAAAUUGUAGAAAUUGUGGAUGAAACAGAUAAAUGGGAACGAAUUCUGCAAUUUGUCCAGAACAUGGCCCCCAAUGACAAAGCCAUCAUCUUCUGUGGAAGGAAGGCUCGAGCUGAUGAGCUUGCCAGUGAAUUAUCCAUGAGCGACUUCAAUUGCCAGUGCAUUCAUGGGGAUAGGGAUCAGGUUGAUCGUGAAAGGGCAGUUAAGGAUAUCAAGUCGGGCUACGUGAAAAUCCUUAUAGCGACUGAUGUUGCAUCACGUGGCCUGGAUAUCGAGGACAUUACCCAUGUGGUGAAUUAUGAUUUCCCCAAAAAUAUGGAGGAAUAUGUCCAUCGUGUGGGAAGAACUGGUCGAGCUGGCCGCUCGGGGAUUGCACUGUCCCUUAUAACAAGGAAAGAUUGGGGCUCAGCGGCAGAAUUAAUCAGAAUCUUGGAAGAGGCUUCUCAGGAAAUUCCUGAGGAAUUGCGAAAUAUGGCAGAUCGUUUCAGUGCAAUGAAGGAGCGUAGGGACAAUGAGAGGGCUGCGACUGGAGGUGAUAGGCCCUUCCGGGGCAGACGCAACUAUUAAUAAUUACCAUUUAUACCAACUAUAAUCCCACCUACGGAAUCUCUUAUGCAUUCCAUGCAUUUUCAAAGAUACUGUACAAAAUAUGAAGUAUUUUUCUACCAAGUUUUUUUUUUUGCAAUUUAUAAUCUCAAUAAUGUUGAAUUGAACCUGUGAUUCAAAUGAGGCACAAGUUAAAAUAAAUAUAAUAAAAAAUAAAAUGGGUAAAAUCA